AUGCUGUGGAGGAAAUGCAUAGCUCCAAAGUUCAUCUACUCAUGCCGGGUUCAAACCAUUCUGUCAAACAUCAAUUACAACAGCGAAUGGAGGAUAAUCAAUCGCCUAGACUGCCAUCAAUUGCGCAGCCACCAACCAUGCCGAAAUCGGGAGAAAAAUGCCUUUGCCAAUCAACCUACGGAUCAGGGAAAAGCUUCAGCAGAAUCAAUGAUUGCGGGGAGCGAUUUGCUGAUUCAGCCCGUCGUCUCCCUGGCGCAGAAUGUCGUUGCUGAAGGAGUCGCGCCACCAGUUGUUGUUGCGCAAACCCUCACUUCCCCAAAUCAGCGAGAUUUAGUUGUCCCUCAUGUUGCUGCUGCCAAUAAUCAACGCCUAUCAUUAUCUCCGAUGACUCUGAAAACAGCCGCCAGUCAUGGUCAACAGUCUAAGCCACCGGAAGGGGAUGACCGGCGGGAUUUGCCGAAGGAAAUUCCAGAAGGGGAGUUGCAGUUUUUACGGCCGUCUUCUGCGCAGCUAACUCUCGAGAUUUUUGCCCCAAUUGCGCAAUCAACAAGUGCUCCUCAGGAUCUUCAAAUUUCAAAUGUGGAAAAGUCAAAUACGGAAUCCUCAACACCUCAAUCUUAUCCCCCCCAAAAAAGGAGUAUCUUCAUAUUCAGAAACCUCUUUUAA